UCGUCGUCUCUCUGGGCUUCGGAAGUGCGGCAGACGACAGCGCGGUGCUCAUCGCAGUUUGUUCUCACUCGCGUUUUUCAUCUGUUCCCCGUUUGGUUGUUGCAUGGCGAGGCGAGUUUUUCUUGGCGUUUGAAAACCUUUCCGCGAAGGACCAGUGUGUGAGCAAAGGAAUUUUCCCGAGUUCCGCAGAGAAUCGGUCGUUCCCUGGUGCUUCCGUCCACCGGCUAGCGAGUCGGAGUUUCCGUGUGUUCAGGCCGUACAUUUUCCAUCGAUAAGGUGUACAGUUCCGUUCCUAGCUAAUUGAUUAAGAAAAACUAGCCAACACAAUGACUGGAACCGAAAACAAUGCCUCGAAGGCUGUCGUGCCUGUAUCCGACGCCCUAGACCAGAUGGCAGAGUACCUAGAAGAUCCGGCAUACAUGUGCUCGGCGUCGCGUCGGAUGAUGAUGAAGGAAGUUAUCAAGACAUUGCCCGGUGACGUUCAGCCGAAGAUCAACGCCCUGAAGCAUCUGCAGAAGAAGUAUUUGAGCCUGGAAGCAAAAUUCUUCGAGGAGGUUUACGCUCUGGAAUGCAAAUAUCAGGCACUGUACCAGCCACUGGUGGAUCGCCGAAAGGCCAUCAUUGCCGGGGAAGCCGAAUUGGCAGCUGGUGAAGCGGAAUGGAAAGAUGAGAGCGACGACGAGGAAAAGGAUGUCGACUCUGAACUGACGGAACAGUUCAAGCGUAUGGCUCUGAACUAUAAAAACCAACACUCGAAGGUGAUCGAAGAGUCAAAGGGAAUUCCUGCCUUCUGGUUGACCGUGUUCAAGAACACGCAGACCAUGGCUGAUAUGAUCCAACCGCACGAUGAACCGUUAUUGGAACAUUUAACCAACGUAAACAUCGUGUAUAAGACGGAUCCGAUGAGUUAUGUGCUGGAGUUCCACUUUUCGCCGAACACUUACUUCAAGGACGCGGUUUUGACCAAGACAUACUUCAUGCGGUGCCAAGUGGAUGAAGAAGAACCUUUCAGCUUUGAAGGUCCUGAAAUCUUCAAGUGCACCGGCUGCUCGAUUCAGUGGAAUCCUAGCAAGAACGUGACGGUCAAAACGGUCAAGAAACAACAAAAACACAAACACCGCGGAGUGAUUCGCACUCUGACCAAGACGCUUCCAAACGACUCCUUCUUCAACUUUUUCAAUCCGCCUCAGGUGCAGGACGACGACAAAGACGUUGACGAUGCGACCCAGAUGUUGCUGGCGUCGGACUUCGAGAUUGGUCAUUUCUUGCGAGCUCGUAUCAUCCCGAAGGCCAUCCUGUACUACACCGGCGAGGUGAUGGACGAAGACGAUGACGGCGAGGAAGAGGAGGAGGAGGAAGAAGAGGAUGAGGAAGGAAUGAGUGAAGAGGAGGAAGAGGAAGAGGAGGAGGAGGAAGAAGAAGAGGAAGAGCGACCGGUGGCGAAAAGCCGGAAAGGAGGACGUGGCGGCGGUGGUGGUAAGAAGUCCGCCCGUAAGCCGCAAAAUCAGGCCGAAUGCCAACAACAGUAAAGAAGAGUUUAAUUCAUUGUGUAAUCUUAUUAUUUUUUGUAUUCGCUUAUUUGGAAUAAUAUGUUUCAAUUGUCGUAAACUCAAUGUCACACAUACAACACACGCCUAUACUCCACAAUGCGCGUACACACAAAUAUAAAAAUGCAUUAUGAUGAUCAACAUUCGCAUUCAGAAUAUUACGGAUAUAUCGUAUCGCUGAAAUAAGAGAAUGAAAAUUUACGGAUAUCUGUCCUGAGAGUUCUGUCCCUAAUUGUUAAAAAAUAUACCGUUUUGUUAGUAAAGCAUGCACCCAAUAAUGCAAACCGUCAUAGUGCGGUUAUCAAAGCGAUGUCCUCUGGUUAUCAUGAUUCCCAUGAUUCCGUAAGUGACGUAUAGACCAUUCACGUAGUUUAUGUAAUUGUUGUGAUUUUGACACAAUACGAGCUUAACGAGGUAGCUCAACGAUUGUAACAUCAAUCCACACGUUGCAUUUUUAGUGUUUACGGUUUGAAAUACUUUAAACAUGCGAUGUUUGUCCUUAAAUCAUCACAUACCUAUACGUUACCUAUGAAAUCAUGGGUAGUACAUCUAACUACACAUUAAAAGUUCCGUUUACACGUAGGCGUAAGGCUGUAACAACUAACUUUUGAAACACUGAAUUUUAAAUCUCCCAGUAAAUCUAUGGAUAGAAUAUAAAAAACCUUCGACCAGUUUCCUUUAUUAUGCCCUAAGAUAAUUAUUUUUUUCUAAUAAAACCAUUCAAGUACUCGUA